AUGUAUCUGAUACUUUUGCAGAAGAGUAUAGGAUUCACCCAUUAUCAUCAACUCAUCAACCUCUCAUCAACUUCUUCUGGUGUGUCUGAUCAGCUCUUGCACAGUGCUAGCAGCCCCAUUAAUAAUCCGCGUCCCUAUUUAUCAGCUGCGUGUCUGCUUUUGGCGUUGUUUUUGUUUACGUUUUGCUCUUUCCAGACGCGUGUUGACAAAUCAAAACACGAAAGUUUCGUGUUUUGUUUUCUUUUGCCGCCCUAAACAACGCGUAAAUCGAUGGCCGUGAUGAAAUUUUUGCAAAACACCAAAACACGAAAUUUUAUAUAUAAACAAACCGUGUUCUUCUUUUUCGCUCUUUGCUUUGAAACUAUUUCCAACACACAAAUCUCUUUUCCCAUAAACAACAAACAAGAAUGUAUGUCUUUAAAAGAGAUGGUCGCCGUGAACCGGUGAAGUUUGAUAAAAUCACUGCUCGUAUCUCAAGAUUGUGCUAUGGUUUAGAUCCAUCCCAUAUUGACGCUGUUAAAAUCACACAACGUAUUAUUUCAGGUGUCUACGAAGGUGUUACCACUAUUGAAUUAGAUAACUUGGCUGCUGAAACUUGUGCUUAUAUGACCACUAUCCAUCCAGAUUAUGCCACUUUAGCUGCUCGUAUUGCUAUUUCAAAUUUGCACAAACAAACAACAAAACAAUUCUCUGCUGUUGUUGAAGAAUUAUUCCACUAUGUCAACCCAAAAACAGACAAACAUUCUCCUAUGUUAUCCCAAGAUACUUAUGAUAUCGUUCAAGAAUUCAAAGAUGAAUUAAAUUCUGCUAUUGUUUAUGACAGAGAUUUCAACUACAACUAUUUUGGUUUCAAAACUUUAGAAAGAUCAUACUUGUUGAGAGUAAACGGUAAAGUUGCUGAACGUCCUCAACAUUUAAUCAUGAGAGUUGCUAUUGGUAUCCAUGGUAGAGAUAUCGAAAGUGUUAUUGAAACUUAUAACUUGAUGUCUGAAAGAUAUUUCACUCAUGCUUCUCCAACUUUAUUUAACGCUGGUACUCCACAUCCUCAAAUGUCUUCAUGUUUCUUAGUCGCAAUGCAAGACGAUUCUAUUGAAGGUAUCUAUGAAACUUUGAAACAAUGUGCUUUGAUUUCCAAAACUGCUGGUGGUAUUGGUUUACAUAUCCACAACAUUAGAUCAACUGGUUCAUACAUUGCAGGUACUAAUGGUACAUCAAAUGGUAUCAUCCCUAUGGUUCGUGUCUUCAACAACACUGCUCGUUAUGUUGACCAAGGUGGUAACAAGAGACCAGGUGCUUUUGCCUUAUAUUUGGAACCAUGGCACUCAGAUAUUUUUGAUUUCAUUGAUAUCAGAAAGAACCACGGUAAAGAAGAAAUUAGAGCUCGUGAUUUAUUCCCAGCUUUAUGGAUCUCAGAUUUGUUCAUGAAACGUGUUGAAAGCAAUGCUGAAUGGACUUUAUUCUCUCCAAAUGAAGCUCCAGGUUUAGCUGAUACUUAUGGUGAAGAAUUUGAACAAUUAUAUGAACGUUAUGAAAAAGAAGGUCGUGGUAGAAAAACAGUUAAAGCUCAAAAAUUAUGGUAUGCUAUUUUAGAUGCUCAAACUGAAACUGGUACUCCAUUCAUGCUUUAUAAAGAUGCUUGUAACAAAAAAACUAAUCAAAAGAACUUGGGUAUCAUCAAAUCCUCAAACUUGUGUUGUGAAAUUGUUGAAUAUUCAUCUCCAGAAGAAGUUGCUGUUUGUAACUUGGCUUCCAUUGCUUUACCAGCUUUCAUUGAAAAAUCCACUGAUGGUACUUCUCAAUGGUAUAACUUUGAACGUUUACAUCAAAUUGCUAAAGUUGUUACCAAGAAUUUAAAUAAAAUUAUUGAUCGUAACUAUUAUCCAGUUCCAGAAGCUAGAAGAUCAAACAUGAGAAAUAGACCAAUUGCCUUAGGUGUUCAAGGUUUAGCUGAUGCUUUCAUGAUUUUACGUUUACCAUUUGAAUCUGAAAAUGCUAAAGAAUUAAACAUUCAAAUCUUUGAAACUAUCUACCAUGCUGCUGUUGAAGCCUCUGUUGAAUUAGCUCAAAAAGAUGGUCCAUAUGAAUCUUUCCAAGGUUCUCCGGCUUCUCAAGGUAUUUUACAAUUUGACUUAUGGGACCGUAAACCAACUUCAUUAUGGGAUUGGGAUUCAUUAAAAUCAGAUGUUGUUAAACAUGGUUUAAGAAACUCCUUAUUAGUUGCUCCAAUGCCAACUGCUUCAACUUCUCAAAUUUUGGGUUAUAAUGAAUGUUUUGAACCAUAUACUUCAAACAUUUAUUCACGUCGUGUUUUAGCUGGUGAAUUCCAAAUUGUUAAUCCAUAUUUGUUACGUGAUUUAGUUGAUUUAGGUGUUUGGGAUGAUGCUAUGAAAAAUCAUAUUAUUGCUGAUAAUGGUUCUGUUCAAAACUUACCAAACUUACCAAAAGAAUUGAAAGAUUUAUACAAAACAGUUUGGGAAAUCUCCCAAAAAACAAUCAUUGAUAUGGCUGCUGAUAGAGCUGCUUACAUUGAUCAAUCUCAAUCAUUAAACAUCCAUAUCCGUGCCCCAACUAUGGGUAAAUUGACAAGUAUGCAUUUCUAUGGUUGGAAGAAAGGUUUGAAGACUGGUAUGUACUAUUUGAGAACCCAAGCUGCUUCUGCUGCUAUUCAAUUCACUGUUGAUGCUGCUGUUGCUGCUACUGCUUCAUUAAAUGUUGCUGAUUUAUCAAACUUACAUCGUCCAACUUAUGUUCCAAAAGAAGUCACUUUUGAAGAAUCAGAUGUUAGCACAAGAGAUGGUUCUUCAUCUCCAAGAGAUAUUACCACUGCCGCUACUAGUGUUGCUUCAUUAUCCUUAGAAGAUUCAAAACCUCUUCCAGUUCCAUCUCCUCAAGCCCAACCAAUCGCUGAAGAACCAAAAGAGGAAGAAAAAGCUGCUACUGAUGCUGAUGCUGAAGAAGACCAAGAUAUCUUUAGUUCAAAAGUUAUUGCCUGUGCUAUCAACAACCCAGAAGCUUGUGAAAUGUGUUCCGGUUAAGCACAUAUAACAUACUGAUGAUGAGUUUUUGUAUUUUAAGGUUUUUUUUUCACUAUUGUUGUCUUUUAUGGUUGAUUUGUUCGGUUGUUUGUUUUUCACACUCUUUUUCUAAAAAUAAUGUUCACUUCCUCUUUUUGUCACUAUUUGGAUGAUGAUGAUAUUAUCCUUUGUCAUUUGGAUUACAU